GCAAUAGAACCACUUUCUUUGACCAAUGUUCUACCCUUUCUAUUAUGAUAACCAGUCAAAGUGGAAUACCAUUACCUUGGUAUUCUGAAAGGGUAAUAUAUUACAGGGACAUGAACCUUAACUUGUUCUAAGAUUAUGAUAGCUAUGUAUCUGUACAAGAAUUCCAGUGCCCGUGUUUUGGCCUGCAUCUCAAUUUUUCUCAUCAUUAAUUUCGUUAACUCCCAGCCACUCGCUACCCCUACUUGUUCGGAUCCAACAAAUAAGACAUCGGACACCGGUUUCUCAUCAAAACUCACUUCUCUUUUGGAUACUUUAACUUCUAAAGCUGCUCUCAACACCUUCUACAAUGAAUCAUCUGAUGGGGUGUAUGGCCUUUUCCUCUGCCGAGGCGAUGUUUCUAGUAAAGAUUGUCAAGGCUGCGUCAUCAACGCAACUCGGGAAUUGAAAAGCCAUUGCUCAACCAAUAAAACAGCAAUCGUAUGGUUCGAUUUCUGCAUGGUACGAUAUUCUAGCACAAACUUCUUUGGAAAGGAGCAGCUACGUCCCAGUCUGGAACUAUGUAACACUAAGGGUCGUACUUCCCAAACUGAUAUCGAUGCUUUCUCUUUGAUGUAUCCAAUAAUAAGGGAGGCUACGAAUUCGGUUACCAAGUUCAAGGCCAAUGAUUUUGCUACAAAUAAUAAUGAGUCUGAUAGAAGAUACGGUUUGGUACAGUGCACUAGAGAUAUCGAUGCCGCACAAUGCAGCCAUUGCUUGGAGGAGUUAAUGAAUGUAAUAAAGAAUUCUUCUUGUCUGGGUAAAAAUGGUUGGCGGAAUUUGGCCCCAAGUUGCAUGCUAAGAUAUGAGUUCUAUCUCUUUUUUGAGCAACCAACCCCACAACCUCUGCCUUCAAACCCUGCUGACAAAGAGAAUGGAAAAGGAGGAGAUAGAACAACAAGGAACGCUAUCAUCUCUGUAUCAUCAAUUGCAGCAUUUGCAGCCGUCUUGGGUUUCUGCUAUUGCUUAUAUCUUAGGAAGAAAAAUAGAGAUGAGGAGAAUUCAGCAAGAAUUCUGUUGCCAAAUUCAGACGGUUUUACUGGGAGAAAUUUUCGUAGAAAUGAUGACGAUAACAGUGGCGAAAUGCACUACUUCGAUUUAAGUAGUAUUGUGGCUGCUACAAACAACUUUUCUGAUGCAAACAAACUUGGAGAAGGUGGUUUUGGUCCAGUUUACAAGGGAAAGUUGAUAGGUGGAAAGGAAAUUGCAGUAAAAAGGCUUUCCAUGAGAUCAAGACAAGGUCUUGAGGAAUUCAAAACUGAAGUGAGGUUAAUAAUAAAACUUCAGCACAAAAAUCUUGUGAGGCUCUUGGGAUGCUGCUUGGAGGGAGAUGAGAAACUUCUUAUCUAUGAGUAUUUGGCCAAUACUAGUCUCGAUGCCUUCCUUUUUGAUCCAACAAAAUCAAAAGAAGUAAUGAACUGGACUGCACGUGCAAACAUUGUUAAUGGAAUUGCGAGAGGCCUUUUAUAUCUUCAUGAGGAUUCUAGGCUCAAAAUCAUUCAUAGGGAUUUGAAAGCAAGCAAUGUCUUGUUAGAUGACGAAAUGAAUGCAAAGAUAUCAGACUUUGGCACUGCUAGGAUUUUUGGAAGCAAUCAAAUUGAAGCCAGCACUGAGAGAAUCGUUGGAACAUAUGGAUAUAUGGCACCAGAAUAUGCAAUGGAGGGACUGUUUUCAAUAAAGUCUGAUGUCUACAGCUUUGGAGUUCUAAUGCUAGAAUUGCUCAGUGGAAAAAAGAGCAGUGGCAUCUUUGAUCCAGAGCGCUCCCAGAGUCUUUCAUCAUAUGCUUGGGAACAAUGGAAAGAAGGCAAAGGAGAGAAGAUUAUAGAUACAAACAUUGUUGAUGCUUGUCCAAUAAAUGAGGCUCUUAGAUGGAUCCAUAUUGCAUUAUUAUGUGUUCAAGAAGACCCCAAAGAAAGGCCCAAUAUGUCCUCGGUCGUUCUCAUGCUUGCUAGCAAAUCAGUCCACCUUCCACAACCAUCGAAACCUCCAUUUUCUUCAAAUAGGCUUUUCUUAUCUGAUCCACAUUCAACUACUUCAGGCUCAGAAUUACAGACAUCUGACCAAGCUUCAACAAGUGUUUCAUGCAAGUUUGUAGAGUGGUCGGACCACAGUACUAGUACUUCAUAAAAUUUAGAAAGACUACUUCAUUUUUAAUUACUAACUUUAUAUGUAUAUACAUAUAUAUAUGUGUGUGUGUGUGUGCACAAUUUUGAGGUUCAUCUUCUGUAAAUGCUACUUGUCCGAAACAUUGCUAGCACUAUUUACAAUAGAUUGAUUUUUACUUUCAAAGAAAUUGAGUGAGAAAGAAAGACACAAAC